AUGACGUCUUCUUGUCUUAACCAAGCCGUGUGUUCUGGAAGACUUCACCAGAUUCGUUUGCUUUUGGAUAUCGGUGUUAAACCAACCAUAGUUGACAAUGAGGGUCGUACGCCUCUUAUGAUGGCGGCAUGCGGUCCUAAGGAUUCCUUAGCGACUCGAAUUGCUCGUCUUCUGUUAUUCCGGGGAGCUCAGGUGGAAGCCGUUGACAACCAAGGAAGGACUGCUUUGUCAUACGCCUGCCAACAUGGACAUUGUAAGCUCGUUAAACUUCUCGUAGACGACGACUGCGAUAUUAAUUUGGCCGACAAGGUUGGCAAUACCCCCCUGAUGUACGCGGCUAUGUCGGGUAGUGUGCCCACAUUGCGUGAAGUGUUAAAUGUCGUGUUAAAAUACAGGCUUAGUGUGGAUUUGAGAAACAAGAAGGGCUUUUCCGCUUAUUUGUUAGCGGCCAAAAUGGCCAACGGCGAAUGCGCGCGGAUCCUAAAAACCGAAGCGAAUGCGUCGGUUGAUGCGCGGGACACGGAAUUUUUCUUAAACGGCAAAGAGUGGGCCAAGAAGGUCCGACGAAACUUGGAAAAAGAGAAACUUGAGAAGUCCGUGCAGAUGAAAACUCAGCGACCUCGUCCGCAGACUUCGCUGGAACUCGGUCGCGUGGACAAAGUUGCGAUUACACCGCGCAAUUCGCGGACACUUUCGCGACUAACAACCUAUAGUGAGCCCGCGGUGACUAGAAAAAUUGGCGUAGUGGAAAAGUGGGCGGUAAUUCAUAAGGACCUUGAGCGUGAUAGUGAAGGGGAGAUUACACGAGUUAAAAGUGCCUCUUCAACGUCUUACAGCAGCAGACGGAGUACCAUUCCUCCAGUAGCGCGCACACUCACGCCAGAUCUACACGCCAUAUUUAAUCAGUACGUGAUAGUUGACAAUAGGCCAGCGGUCACCGUAGCUGAUCGCAGGCCACCCUACGGCUCGUCUUCACGAAAGAUAAACGAAUUACCUGCGAGACUUUUGAUGAGAGAGGCUAGAAAUUCUCGAGUAGGCGCCAUGACCCGCAAAAAAUUUUCCAUAGCCAGAUAA